AUUAUAUCAUAUCAGAUUGUAAGCCUUACUUGGCCUUGUUUCUAGUUUUUCCACAGCUUCCAUAAUUGAACCUUGAGCGAUGGAUUACUUAGGUUGGACUAUGCUGAAAAGUAAUCGUGUAUGGAAACUGUAUAGUAAUUCGGAGACCGAGUCCAUGGCCGCAACAACCUCACCAAAGUUGCAAACAGUUUGACCAGUCACCGAGCCGCUUCGACAAGUUUAAAACCCAGCAGCAACUCGCUCGAGUCCAUUCGUUUACAGAGGAAGACAGGCUCGAAACGAUAAGUGAGGGCGUUUCAGUGGGGGUGCUCAGUUGUCAGAAAAUGGCUCCAGAGAGACCAACAAUGCUGGUGGCUGUGGACGAUAGUGCGCAAAGUGAGUACGCCUUGGAAUGGACCCUUGAUCACUUCUUCACUCCUUUUGGCUCCAACCUUCCUUUCCAGCUCGUUGUCAUCCAUGCCCGACCCCUUCCCUCUUCUGUUGUUGGACUUGCCGGACUUGCAUCUGCGGAGGUUGUACCAAUCAUGAACGUUGGCAUAAAGAAGACAGCCAGCAGGGUCAAGGACAAAGUGAAAGAGAUAUGCAGGAAUAAAUCGUUGAGUGACGUGAGAGUGGAAGUAUUGGAAGGUGAUCCAAGAAAUGUGGUGUGUGAAGCUGUAGAGAAACACCAUGCAGCAAUCUUGGUACUGGGAAGCCAUGGAUAUGGAACUAUGAGAAGGGCGAUUUUGGGCAGUGUCAGUGACUACUGUGCUCACCAUGCUCACUGUUCUGUAAUGAUUGUGAAGAAGCCUAAGCAAGAGGACUGAAGCUCAACUCUGUUUUGAAUUUUCCCUGGAAUCUUCCAAGCAUUCUUCCAAUGAUUCUUUGAUUUUUCUUUUUUCUUUUUAUUUUUUUAUGUAUUUUAAUUUCUUAGGGGAUUGAUUUCUUUUAAAGUAAGCCAAAGUUGGUCGGUCAGUCUUAUUUAUUGCUCACUUCAGAAACCAAUGAAGUUAAUGAAGCUUUGUCAACAUAAGCAACAUAGUGAAGCAAUACUCCACGCCUUAUCAAAUUCUAUAGUUGACUAGGAGCAGUUCCACAGCAAACAAAGGGCUUAGAAAAAAAACCAUUCCAGACAUUAACAUCGAAUAACUUCUUGACCCAAUCAGGCACCUGAUGAUUCCAAGGUUUCUCAUUAGAUCCAACAAACAUGGCUAAUUUUAAGGUUUCUUCACCUGUCAUGUACAGAGAUAUAUAAAGGGCGUUGAAACUUAAAUGCUGUCAAAUCUCUUGCCAAGGUUGAGCAAAAAUCAUUCCCAAAGACCACACCAAUUAAAUUAAGAAGGGCAGACAGAACAAUGAUACAAGUUAUUAAGUCACCCCAUACGACCGAAAACAUUCCAUGACCAAGAAAACAACAGUUAAACCAAAACGGCGGCCAUAAGGCCUUUAGUCUAGCAGUACAAAAGAUAGAAAAGAAGGCAAGAAAUAA